AGCCCUAGCCAACUUUCAAAAGGGAAUCCCCUGACCUGCUUUAUGUUCCCCUGAGGGUUAUUUUUGCUGGGCCCCAGAAGCCAGAGCCAACAGUGUAAUGUCUGCCCGAACCUGGCUAGGGUGUGAGUCCGUGCAACCUAGGUCCCCUAGCGCCCCCUACAGCUGCUGUGGGGCGGGGAUGGGGAUCCGUUUGGGGAGAGGGAGGCCUGUCUGUGUGAGCCACUGCACCACACCCAGGACCCCACCCAGAUCCUAGGAGCACCCAGCCCCUGGCCCCCGAGCCACAGAAACGGGGUGUGGGCCAGAGCCUGAAGCAUCCCUGACCACCACGAUCGCUCCGCUUGUGGCCACCAAUUCCCCUCCUCUUCGGGCGUCCCUCUCUCCGCCCCUGUCGCCUGCCAGCACCGGACACACUGCUGCACUUCAUCUCUUGGGGCGCUCUUCGCUUUGGCCAACCAUCGCAUCCUGGGCAACUCUGGUCAGCGGCCGUUUUGUGUUGAAUGUUCCCCACCAAGAGUGCAUGGCUGCGGAAGCGAGGUGCAGACCGAGGGCCCGAGGGGUCGCCCUCCAAGAAGCGGUGAUGCUGUUGUUGUACUUCGGGGUGCCAAUCGGGCACUCCUACAACCUGGACCCGGAGAGUGCACUGCUGUACUGGGGCCCCUCCGGCACGCUGUUUGGCUACUCGGUGGUGCUGCACAGCCACGGGACGAAGCGCUGGCUCAUCGUGGGGGCGCCCACUGCCAGCUGGCUCUCCAAUGCCUCAGUGGUCAAUCCUGGGGCGAUUUACAGAUGCAGGAUCGGAAAGAAUCCAAACCAGACCUGCGAACAGCUCCAGCUGGGAAGCCCCAGUGGAGAGCCCUGUGGGAAGACAUGCUUGGAAGAGCGAGAUAACCAGUGGCUGGGGGUAACACUUUCCAGACAGCCUGGAGAAAAUGGAUCUAUCGUGACUUGUGGACACAGGUGGAAAAAUAUAUUUUACAUGAGGAAUGACAACAAACUCCCCACUGGCAUUUGCUAUGGGAUGCCUUCUGAUUUGCGAACAGAACUAAGUAAAAGGAUGGCCCCAUGUUACCAAGAUUAUGUGAGAAAAUUUGGAGACCAUUUUGCAUCGUGUCAAGCUGGAAUAUCUAGUUUUUACACACAGGAAUUAAUUGUGAUGGGGGCCCCAGGAUCAUCAUACUGGACUGGCUCUGUCUUUGUCUACAAUAUAACUACAAACACAUAUAAAGCAUUUUUAGACAAAGAGAAUCAAGUAAAGUUUGGAAGCUACUUAGGUUACUCAGUUGGAGCUGGACAUUUUCUAAGUCCACAUACUACCGAAGUCGUGGGAGGAGCCCCUCAACACGAACAAAUAGGAAAAGCAUAUAUAUUCAGCAUUAAUGAAAGAGAACUGAGCAUUAUAUAUGAAAUGAAGGGUAAAAAGCUUGGCUCAUACUUCGGAGCGUCUGUCUGUGCGGUGGAUCUCAACGCAGAUGGCUUCUCAGACCUCCUUGUUGGGGCUCCCAUGCAGAGCACCAUCAGAGAGGAAGGAAGAGUAUUUGUGUACAUCAACUCUGGUGUGGGAGCUGUGAUGGUUGAAAUGGAAAGAGAGCUCGUCGGAAGUGACAAAUAUGCUGCAAGAUUUGGGGAAUCUAUAGUGAAUCUUGGUGACAUUGACAAUGAUGGCUUUGAAGAUAUCGCUAUUGGUGCACCUCAAGAAGAUGACUUGCGAGGUGCCAUCUACAUUUACAAUGGCCGAGUAGAUGGAAUCUCCUCCACCUACUCACAGAGAAUCGAAGGACGCCAAAUCAGCAAAUCACUCAGGAUGUUUGGACAAUCUAUCUCAGGACAAAUAGAUGCAGACAACAAUGGAUAUGUUGAUGUAGCAGUUGGUGCAUUUCAGUCUGAUUCUGCAGUGUUGCUAAGGGCAAGACCUGUAGUGAUUGUUGAAGCAUCUUUAAGCCAUCCUGAGUCAGUAAAUAGAACAAAAUUUGACUGUACUGAAAAUGGACUUCCAGCUGUGUGCAUGGACCUUACACUGUGUUUCUCAUAUAAAGGCAAAGAGGUCCCUGGCUACAUCGUUUUGUUUUACAAUGUGAGCGUGGACGUGCACAGGAAGGCAGAGUCUCCGUCAAGAUUUUAUUUCUCCUCCAAUGGGACUUCAGAUGUGAUUACAGGAAGCAUACGAGUUUCAAGCAGUGGAGAGAAAUGUAGGACACACCAGGCAUUCAUGCGGAAAGACGUGCGAGACAUCCUCACCCCCAUUCAUGUGGAGGCCACAUACCACCUUGGGCACCAUGUGAUCACCAAACGAAACACAGAGGAAUUCCCACCACUCCAGCCAAUUCUUCAGCAGAAGAAAGAAAAGGACAUUAUUAGAAAAAUGAUAAACUUUGCAAGGUUUUGUGCCUACGAAAAUUGUUCUGCUGAUCUGCAAGUUUCUGCAAAAGUUGGAUUUUUGAAGCCCUAUGAAAAUAAAACCUAUCUUGCUGUUGGGAGCAUGAAGACCAUAAUGUUAAAUGUGUCCUUGUUCAAUGCUGGAGAUGACGCUUACGAAACCACUCUGAACGUCCAACUCCCCACAGGCCUUUAUUUCAUUAAGAUAUUAGACCUGGAAGAGAAACAAAUCAACUGUGAAGUGACGGAGAGCUCAGGCACAGUGAAACUUGCUUGCAGCCUUGGUUAUAUAUAUGUGGAUCGUCUCUCCAGGAUAGACAUUAGCUUUCUCCUGGACGUGAGCUCACUCAGCAGGGCAGAUGAGGAUCUGAGCAUUGGCGUGCAUGCCUCCUGUGAAAAUGAGGGCGAAUUGGACCAAGCGAAGGACAACAGAGUGACCUUAGUGAUACCUCUAAGGUUCGAGGUGAUGCUGACUGUUCAUGGGUUUGUGAACCCAACUUCAUUUGUGUAUGGAUCCAGUGAGGAAAACGAGCCAGAGACAUGCAUGGCAGAGAAGCUGAACCUCACUUUCCACGUUAUAAACACUGGUAUUAGCAUGGCUCCAAAUGUUAGUGUGAAAAUAAUGGUACCAAAUUCUUUUCUCCCUCAAAAUGAUAAGUUGUUCAACGUUUUGGAUGUCCAGGCAACUACUGGGCAGUGCUAUUUUAAACACUAUGGAAGAGAGUGUGCAUUUGCACAGCAAAAAGGCAUAGCAGCGACCUUGACCGAUAUAGUCAAAUUCCUAUCAAAGACUGAUAAGAGACUUCUGUAUUGCAUGCAAGCUGAUCAGCACUGUUUAGAUUUCUUAUGCAACUUCGGGAAAAUGGAAAGUGGGAAGGAAGCCAGUGUUCACAUUCAGCUGGAAGGCAGGCCAUCCAUCUUGGAAAUGGAUGAGACCUCAUCACUCAAGUUUGAAAUAAAAGCAACAGCUUUCCCAGAGCCACACCCAAAAGUUAUUGAACUAAACAAGGAUGAGAACUUGGCCCAUGUUUUCUUGGAAGGGCUCCAUCAUCAAAGACCCAAACGGCAUUUCACCAUUGUGAUUAUUACCACCAGCUUGCUGCUUGGACUUAUUGUACUUUUAUUAAUUUCAUGUGUUAUGUGGAAGGCUGGAUUCUUUAAAAGACAGUACAAAUCUAUCCUACAAGAAGAAAAUAGGAGAGACAGCUGGAGUUAUGUCAACAGCAAAAGUAAUGAUGACUGAAGAUUUCUAAAUAGAGAGAACUGAAAAAAUUCAGUGCAGGGGAAAUCUUCAAGAAUGAAGGUACACAAAGGUUGCUCAUCAGCAGUUAAUGGAUGAGAGGAGCAAAACACUAAAGCUCUGGUUGUACCCAAGAGGCGAACUGUUGAAGACAAUUUAAAGUGAAAAUAACUCCAGAUUCAGUUGGACCAACUUACAAGGAAUGAUCUUUCAAUGAAAUAUUUCUGACUAGGUGGGCUCACCUCAGUGAAAUGGUUGCCAUGAUAUGGAAAUUGGUUGGCUUUAAAUACUUUUGAUUUAUCUUCAAACUAUGAUCAUGAUCUUUGAAGCCACUGAGACCCUUUCAAAUACCUGUUCCCAGAUUGUCUAAUGGAUAAAUCAUUUAAAAGCAAAGGAUGUGAAGGCUGCCAUUGGUAGCAGGGCAUCACCGGGCUGUGUCCCUACAGCUCUUUUACUCUACAGAUAGGAAUUGUAAAAAUCCUGAAGAACAGAAUCCAUUUGCAGUGAGAUGGCUUCUAGAGAAAGGGUCAGCUGUGGAUACUUCUGUGCAUGUACAUAUACUUUUUCAAAGGAUAAAAAACUCAAUCUACAUCUUUCCUUUAUCAAGAUCACCCAGGAAUAAUUUGCUCUUUUCAAAUUCUCAUUUGUAAUACCAAUUCUUAAGAAUCUUAUCUUCAUAGCAGAUUAUAAAUAUUGCACUUUAGCCAAAAUACAGUGAUAUUAUAUGAACUGCAGGCCACUGUGCAAAGAGAGAUUUAGGAACCAAUAUUUCAUAAAACAUUCACUGGUUCAAAUUAAGCAAACAUGAGUAUCUGCUAGGAUAUUGUUGUUUUACUUGGUCUGGUUAAAUAUACAUAAACUACGACUCUAAAACACCACAUUGUGUUAUAGAAAUGGAGAGACAAAAAUCACAGUUGGAACUGCAAAUCACUGACCAAGUUUUGUGUGCAGUGACAUCAAAAUUCCCAUGAGAUCAUGACUGUCUGAUGUUGUUGCACAAGAUUCUAUUUUAAAAAUGAACUAGAUUCUACCUGGGUGUCAUAUAAUUUGUCUGUAAUUACAACCACUUUUGGAGUAUUUAUUUCAUAUAUGUAGUUUGAUAAAUGUAAGUUUUCAUCUGAAUCUGUUAUGUGUAAGCAAGCUAUGGCCAGAUUUUGAACAUGUGCUGGAAAAGAGGGACAUGCCUCAGUAUUAUGAAGAAAGAUCGCUUUACAGGAAGUGUUUGCCGCCAGCUGGCCCUUCCUCAGAUUUCCUGAUCUGUGAGGGUGGCCUGUUCCCAAGUCUGUAGCUGAAGAGCAAGGGCUGGCUGACGCUGUCGAGGGAGGUUUUGAGUGCCGAAACUUGAGCACAGAUCAUCAGAUCUGGGUGCGCAGAAACCAUAUUUAAUUAAAUGUUUAUAUUUUUAAGGGAUA